GUGAAAACUUAUGAGGACAUGACUCUGGAAGAGCUAGAAGAGAAUGAAGAUGAAUUUAAUGAGGAAGAUGAGAGAGCUAUUGAAAUGUACAGGCAGCAAAGGUUAGCAGAAAUGAAGGCAGCUCAAAUGAAGAAUAAAUUCGGGGAGGUUUUGGAGAUUUCGGGAAAGGACUAUGUUCAAGAGGUUACAAAAGCUGGAAAAGGUAUAUGGGUAGUCUUACACCUCUACAAACAAGGAAUUCCACUCUGUGCCUUAAUAAAUCAACAUAUGAGUGGGCUUGCAAAGAAGUUCAGAGACGUGAAAUUCAUCAAAGCUAUCUCUACCACCUGCAUUCCCAACUACCCUGAUAAGAACCUGCCCACGAUAUUUGUGUACCUGGAGGGAGACAUCAAAGCUCAGUUCAUUGGGCCUUUGGUGUUUGGUGGCAUGAACUUGACAAGGGAUGAAUUGGAGUGGAAGAUUUCUGAGUCGGGUGCUAUCAAGACAGACCUUGAAGAGAACCCCAGGAAGCAGAUCCAGGACCAGCUCAUGUCCUCAAUCAGGGCGUGUGUCCCAGCCAGAGGGGAGAGUGACUCAGAGGAUGACUAAUUCCCAUGUCUGCAUCCGGAUUGAUGCAGUGCCCUUGCAGCCAGUGUUCCUGCCUCAAGCACUGGAGACACUCCUCAAGGCCUUGCUGAGCCCCAGAAGGGUAGCCUUUCAAGACAUUCAUUCUAGAAACCUCUAGAAACUAAAAACAUUUCUGUUUUUUAAAAAUUGCAGCUUCACUUAAGAUGCUGAAAGACAUUUUGUAUAGUGAAGCCUGAGUAAAUCUUACUCAAAGGUUUUAAAAUAUAGACGUGAAUAGAAACAGGUCUCUUGUUAUUAUUUUCAUAGUAAUUUGCUACUUUUAAAAAAAAUUGAAAUAUGAAGUGGUCAUAAGUGCACUGUUUUUAACAAGCUUAAGUUGUACAGAUCAAAUCUAAAUAGCUGUCUUAAAUAAUUGCUUAUGGCACUUACCAUCCCUUAGCCCACUGUGCUCAAACCUCUUACAGCCUGGACUUCACAGAGAGCUGGGGGGUUGGUACAAUGCAGGUGCUUCUGAAGGUGGUGUGUGGUCUUCUGCAGAGAUGUGCUGGCUCCAGAGAGACAACAUGAGGCUGUAAGCUGGGAUUCCAGGCAUCUUGAGAGGGGCCUUGAGGACGGCCAGCCACUCCUGGAUACUGCUGAGUGCCGAAUUCUACUUUUGAGUUAGCAGAACUAUUUUGCCUUUCAGAAGGGCUGAACUUCCUGUACCAUCUUGCCUGUUAAUUGCAGAAUAAAAUUCAAGAUGGUGGUGCUCAA